GAUCAGCGCAGCAGGGUUUGGAUACAACAGUCUGUCUAUAUUCCAUAGUUUCUACUAGAACGCAGGAAUUGUAGGAAAGCGGCUACUUUUCGAUAUAAGUGUUGCCUUCGAUUUGCUGUGGAAUUCGUCCUUCGUGCAGCCUAAGGGACUCAGUAACCUCACCUUUCUUGGUUGCCAUGGCAGCCAAGGCAUCCAAAGGGAAGUGGGAGGCCCUAAAGGAGCACCUGACCAGCAGCCCCCCGGACCCAGAUGCUCACCUGGAGGCCAACUUGGAGAAUGCAGAUCCAGAGCUAUGCAUACGACUGCUACAGGUACCCACGGUGGUCAACUACUCAGGGCUGCGGAGGCGUCUGGAGGGGAGUGACCAGGACUGGAUGGUGCAGUUCCUGGAGCUCAAUGGGCUGGAUCUGCUGAUGGAGGCCCUGGAGAGGUUGUCUGGCCGUGGGUGUGCCCGCAUCGCUGACGCCAUCCUCCAGCUCACCUGUGUGGCCUGUGUGAAGGCAGUGAUGAACUCCUCCGCUGGGCUGCACUUUAUACUGGACAAUGAGGGAUACGUCAGGACCCUGUCACAAGCACUGGACACGUCCAACACCAUGGUGAAGAUGCAGGUGUUUGAGCUGCUGGCAGCCCUCACCAUGUUCAACCCACAGGGACACCACCUGGUCAUGGAUGCCCUGGAUCACUAUAAAAGUGUGAAGAUCCACCAGUACCGCUUCAGCGUCAUCAUGAACGAGCUGCAUGCGACGGACAACGUGCCGUAUAUGGUCAUCCUCAUGAGUGUGGUCAACGUGAUCAUCUACAGGGUACAGGACCUGAGGAAGAGGGACAAACUACGCAAAGAGUUCAUCGGGCUACAAUUACUGGAUUUACUUCCAAAACUGAGGGAGACGGAUGAUGUGGACCUGAACAUCCAGUGUGAGACCUUUGAGGACACCAUGGCAUAUGAUGAUGCUGAGAUGGAGAGCAUGUACGGAGGUAUUGACAUGAGCAGUCACCAGGAAGUCUUCGCCACACUCUUCACCAAAGUGAGUAGCUCCCCUGCCUCGGUGCAGUUGCUGUCCAUCCUGCACGCUCUGUUGUUGUUGGGGCCGGAACACAGCGAGGUGUGGCUGGCCCUGGAGGCCCUGGCUGACCGUGCUACUAUGCUGGCACAGGAACUUGACUCCACCGAGCGCUUGAUGGAACGUCUGGUGUCCUCCAAGGGUCAGCAAUGGUCACCUAAGGUCAAGGUCAAGACCACAGACAGGGGCGUUCAGAUAGACCUGAGAGAAAGAUUGACCGAUCAUUUGGGUGUCCUCAUUAAAGGAUCUACCUCCCCUGUUGCCACUGCACCCCCCCCUCCUUCUCCUCCUCCACCCCCACCACUACAAGGCAUGGCAGCUUUCGGCACACCCCCACCCCAACUUCCACCCCCACCACUUCUUGGCUUGUCUGGGAUGCUGCCCCCUCCCCGGCCUCUCCCCGGUCUCCCUCCUACCCAACCUUCUCUACCAGGGAUGGGGCAUGGGGGUCCACCGCCUCCCCCACCCCUGCCUGGCAUGGGUCCCCCCCCACCACCACCCCUACCUGGCACAAUGGGUCCCUACCCACCACCACCACCCCUGCCUGGGAUGGGUCCCCCACCACCACCACCCCUGCCUGGGAUGGGUCCCCCACCACCACCACCCCUGCCUGGGAUGGGUCCCCCACCACCACCACCCCUGCCUGGGAUGGGUCCCCCACCCCCACCACCACUGCCUGGUAUGGGCCCCCCACCUCCCCCUGGUGGCGGUGACAUGAUUAUGGCCCAGAGUGUGCAGACACUGGGCCGAUCCUACUAUGCCCCUCCACCCAAGGCGGGCCGCUGCCCCACACUACGCAUGAAGAAGCUCAACUGGCAGAAGCUGCCAUCCAGAGUGGUGACUGACAGUCACUCCAUGUGGACAUCGGUACAGUCAGAUUCUCUGGAGCCUGACUACUCCAGUAUUGAGGAGCUCUUCUGUCUGCCAGUGACUGAUUCAAAGGCCAAAGGCAGCGCCCCUGUGGUCAAACAGGAGCCCAAAGAGAUUUCUUUCAUCGAUGCCAAGAAAAAUCUUAACCUGAACAUAUUCUUAAAACAAUUCAGAUGCUCACAUGAGGACAUUGUGGCCAUGAUCCAAAAAGGGGACCGCUCCAAGUUCGAUGUGGAGGUGCUGAAACAGCUACAGAAGCUACAACCAGAGAAGCAUGAGAUGGAUAACCUCACGUCCUACCAAGGAGAGAGAAAGAAGUUAGCUGGUGUGGACCAGUUUUAUCUCCAGCUCCUAGCUGUUCCAUGCUACGCCCUGAGGAUCGAGUGCAUGUUGCUGUGUGAGGAGAUCAGCUCAGUGUUACAGAUGAUGCAACCUAAAGCUGAGCUGCUGGAUGAGGCCUGUGAGAGUCUGAGGGUGAGCACUCGACUGCCAAGCUUCUGCAAGCUCAUUCUGGACGUUGGAAACUUCCUUAACUACGGGAGCCACACGGGGAACGCUGAGGGCUUCAAGAUCGGAACCCUGCUGAAGCUCACUGAGACCAAGGCCAAUAAAAGUCGCAUUACGCUGCUCCACCACAUCCUACAGGAUGCUGAGCAGAACCAUGAUGACCUGUUGAACCUUCCAGAUGAUUUAGAGAUCUGUGAAAAGGCUGCUGGUGUGAAUCUGGAGUCUAUCCAGACAGAGGUGAGCUCGCUCAUCAAGCGGUUGACAGAUUCAGAGAAGAAGGUGGCUUCCUCUUCUGUGGAGGACAUCAAGGAGCAGUAUCUAACUGCAAUGCAGGGAAGCCUGGAGGCCUGCAGGGAGCUGGAGGAGAGGUUUUUCUCCAUUGACAGGAAGAAGGAGGACCUGGCACUGUAUCUGUGUGAGGACUCAUCUCGUCUCUCUCUGGAGGAGCUGUUCAGCACUAUAAAGACCUUCAGGGGACUCUUCAUCAAAGCUCUCAAGGACAAUCAGACCCGCCGAGAGCAAGCCAUCAAGGCAGAGAAGAGGAAGAAACAGCAGGAGGAGGAGGAUUCCAAGCGACCAAGAGGGGAUAACGGGAAAAUAAUUCGUAAAGCCCCCCCGGUCCAGGAAGAGGGCUGCAUAAUCGACCACCUGCUGUCUGACAUCAGGAAGGGCUAUGCACUGAGGAAGACCAGGCCCCAGGCCGACAGGACAAGCCUGCCCUCUGCAGACAAGAAAAGGGACAGCAGUCUGUCGGAGCAGGGCACGCAGCCUGAGGGAUUGUCUGCUAUAGAUGCUAAAGAUGGAGAUGAAGUUGAAAAGGUGACAUCACCCAAUGACCAAAGACAACAAGACAGAGAUUCAGUCGUAGGGGAGUCCUCAUCCGGCCUCCCCACACACCCCUCACUCAUAUCACGUUCACCCGAAACCUUAGGCCCCUCAGACCUCCAUACCACCACCACCAAGGACCAGGGAACCUGUGAUCACACACAGAGUGAGGACCUCAAACCUGGGAUGGAUUCCUUGGCUGACCGCCUGGUCGAGGAGGAGUCCCCAGAGGUGGAGAGGGUUAAGGCUGCUGAUUCAGAGGUUGAGGAUGUGAACAGGAAGGCAUUCUCAGCUGGUGGGGAUGGUCCAAAAAGCGGAGACACAGAGAUAGAUGGGAACCAGGAAAGUGGGGCUGAUGGAAAGGGGUUAGAGGAGAGUCAAUCAUCAGAGUCCCCCUCAAACACAGCUGCUGGUGACGCAGAGCCCAAACAACAGGCACAGAAACGGGGGGAUACUAAGAGACAUAGCGAAGGUGGACGCAAGAAGAAGGACAAGGCCAAAGGCAAAAAGAAACCAUGAAUGUUGACGCCAUCUUCCAGUGCUCCACCCCUGUCUGCCAAACAAAUACUAUGGUAUACAUUAUACUGUACUUACAAAUAUCUAUAUCAGCCAUGCAUGUUUUCCCCACUUUUUUCAAAGGAUUACCUAACGAACCUAGGUGAUGCUUGUUUUUCAAAAUGGAGACUUCCUUAUUGCACCCCCUAUAGUGGGGUCUUUGUAUUAUUUACUAUGUCAAUAACAGGAUUUGGCAAUGAUAUGACAGGAACUGCUUUGCAGCCAGCCCCAGGAAGUAUGGAUGAUGAUGAUGAUGAUGAUGAUGGGAUCAUUUGCAUGUUACAAUUUCAUCAUGGACAUUCAAUGUAUUUGACACAAUUUCAUUGAAAUAUUAUACAUUAUUUGACGAAAAUCAACAUGUCUAUGUAUAGAAUGUUUCAAUUUGAUACUGAGACAAAUGUUUACAGUAGGUCUACAUGUUAUGUUUACUUGUUGAUACAGACUCUCGUUUAAUUUGGCAAAUAGAGGGCCCCUCAUUUAAUUUGGCAAAUAGAGGGCCUCUUGCCUACAGCCAAGCAUUGGUGUAAUGACUGUAAUGAAUAUUGGUUCAUGAUCAGUUAGCCAUUAAAUAUUGACAAGGUAACAGCAUAGAUAGACCAUAAUAAUAAACUCACCUGUUUUUCCAGACACAACAAUAUUAUAGUGAUAAUUUGCUAUAGUCUCUUUUUUAACAGUAACAGUUAUUGUUUCUUAUUGCACUCUGCAUUAACAAUGUCAUUUAAAAAAAGCUACGCUAAUCAGGGAUUUAGUAGGCUAUAAAAAAUACUCUACAUACAAUAAAAUAAUCUGAUACACUC